UCGAUUCUCGAGUCUGAAUUGACAAAGUGAUCUUACUGUAAAUCUGGCAACACAGCAUGCACGCGACGCUUGUGCUGAUGUGAGAAUUCACAUGAUAACUCACAAGGGUAAAAAAAACAAAUCCUAAAAUUGAUUUGUGGAUAAAUAGGUCCCACUAUUAUAUUUUUGUGUAAAUUGACGUUGAGUCGAACUGGAAUCGCGAUCAUCGUAAUAUAAUAUAACGUUACAGAAGUUUACAUCAGAUGCGAUUCGUGUUUUGCAUUGAUAAUGAAUGACUCAUGAUGAGUAACGCAACAGUUCAAGUCAAAGUCUGGGCUGUUUUAACUCAAUCAUUUAAAUUGCCAAUGGCUUUCGUAAGGUGGAUGAUAACAAAACUUGUAAACCCACUGUUGAUGAGCAUUCCUUCGUCUCGGAAAAUGGCUGGGGAAGUAAUAGUUGGCAAGAAUAGAAGGAAAAUGGUUGUAGGACUGGGAAACCCAGGCAUGCAUGGCUCUCGACAUAGUGUCGGUAUGGCUGUGCUCACAAAACUAGCUGAACAUCUGGGAGUAUCGGACAGCUGGAGAUCAGACAGACAUGUGUCAGGGGAGGUCAUUGUAACCGAACAUCAAAGCAUUAAUUUGGUUCUUCUUCGGCCCAAGUUGCUUAUGAACGUCAAUGGCGUUAGCGUGGCGAAAGCAGCAAGCAAAUUUUCAAUUCAACCCGAAAAUAUACUCUUGAUUCAUGAUGAGCUUGACAAACCGCUAGGGAAGUUUGGCAUUAAACAUGGUGGAAGUGCAAGGGGUCACAAUGGUGUGAGGUCAUGUGUAGACUGUCUUCAAACUGAUGUGACGCCGCGGUUGCGCAUCGGAAUCGGACGACCCACGGGUAAAACGUCUGUCGACCGUCACGUUUUGGGACGUUUUUCACAAGAGGAGCAGAAAGUCCUGGACUCAGUCAUGCAGCAGAGUUUGGAUGUUCUUCUGACGUUUAUCAGAGACUCGCAACCCCAAAGUUCUCCAGCAGAGGGAAGCAAAGCUUCACGCAAGAGAAAAGAAAGGACACUUUCAUCACAACAGGGCACCACAACAGAACAAAAUCAAAACUGAUAAUACAAUUACAUGAUUUUUACAAUGCAUAGUAUUUUCAUUGCUCCUUUCUGAUGGAGCUUAGUUUGGUUAUAGUUUCUCUGAGAGAUGUUAAAGGGACACAUUUUUUU